AUGUCUUUGUCGUCUUCAUCAACACGGAACGCCUUCGCGUUGGAGCGAGCGGUGGCAAUCUCGGCGGUGGAACGCGCAUGCUCGCUCACGGAUAAAGUCUUCCGCAACCUUGUCACCGCCGACACGGUCACGAAAAAGGACAAGUCGCCUGUCACGGUCGGCGACUACUCGGCGCAAGCAGUCGUCAAUGCGAUUCUCGGAUCGUAUUUCCCCGAGGACCCCAUCGUUGGAGAGGAGGAUUCCAAGGAUCUUCAGAAGCCCGAGUCCGAGGCGCUGCGUAAGCAAAUCUUUGAUCUGGCCAAUCAAGCGCUCAAAACCGGCUCGGAAGAAUGGGCUGCAGUAGCCGAGGCAGAGUCAAAAACCAACACGCCAGCAUGGCGUGAGCGCGAGUUGACCGAGCAGGAGCUUCUGGCAGCCAUCGACCGGGGCAGCGCAGAGGGUGGUGCCAAAGGCCGAUGCUGGGCACUCGACCCCAUCGACGGCACCAAAGGUUUCUUGCGUGGCGGGCAGUACGCGGUGUGCCUCGGUUUUAUGGUCGACGGUGUCGUCCAAGUCGGCGUGAUGGGAUGCCCCAACCUGCCGCACGACGCUUCUUCUGCCAAACCUAAGGAAGGCGAAUUUGGUGCAGGCGAAAAGAGAAGCGAUCUCGGCACUUUGUUCAUUGCCGUUCGAGGACAGGGUGCUUUCCAACGUCCGAUUCAAGGUGGCAAGGAAGAAAAAAUCUCGAUGCGACAGAUCAGCUCGCUCUCGGCCGCUUCGUUCUGUGAGUCGGUCGAGGCAGGCCACUCUUCGCAUGGCACCAACGCCAGAAUCGCAGAGCUACUCGGCAUCACGGCUGCCUCGGUGAGGAUGGAUAGCCAGGCCAAGUACGCCAGCAUUUCCAGAGGAGAUGGCGACGUCUACUUGCGGCUGCCCGUCGGCGAUGGCAGUUACCAGGAAAAGAUCUGGGACCACGCUGCCGGAUCUCUGCUCGUUCAAGAGGCGGGGGGUAAGGUCUCGGACAUUCGCGGCAAGGACCUCAACUUUGGCGUCGGACGAACGCUGCGCGAAAACCGCGGUGUGGUCGCAUCGAGCCAAGAGCACCACGCAAAGGUGAUUGAUGCAGUGCGCAAGGCUCUCGAAGAGGAGGGCCGCGGUCAUCUCUGA